AUCGGAGCCGCCAUCAUGGUGCUGGACCUGGACCUGUUCCGUGCCGACAAGGGCGGAGACCCCGCCAUGGUGCGGGACAUGCAGAGAAAACGCUUCAAGGACCCCGCGCUGGUGGACGCGCUGGUGCGGGCAGACGGAGCCUGGCGGAGGUGCAGGUUUCGUGCUGAUAACCUGAACAAGCUGAAGAAUCUGUGCAGCAAAACCAUCGGGGAGAAGAUGAAGAAAAAAGAGCCAGUGGGGACGGACGAGUCCAUACCGGAGAGUGCGCAGAACCUCGACGAGCUCACAGCUGACGUGCUGGGGACCCUGCAGGUUUCCCAGAUCAAGCAGCUCCGGCUGCGGAUCGACGAGGCCGUCCUGGAGUGCGACGCCGAGCGCCUGCGGCUGGAGGCAGAACGGUUCGAGAGCCUGAGGGAGAUUGGGAACCUCCUGCACCCCUCUGUCCCCAUCAGCAAUGAUGAGGAUGCAGACAACAAAGUGGAGAGAAUCUGGGGUGACUGCAGCUGCCGGAAGAAAUAUUCCCACGUGGAUCUGGUGGUGAUGGUGGAUGGCUACGAGGGGGAGAAAGGGGCUGUGGUGGCUGGCAGCAGGGGCUACUUCUUGAAGGGUCCCCUGGUGUUCCUGGAGCAGGCCCUGAUCCAGUUUGCCCUGCAGAGCCUCCGUGCCAAGGGCUACACCCCGGUGUACACCCCCUUCUUCAUGCGGAAGGAGGUGAUGCAGGAGGUGGCCCAGCUCAGCCAGUUUGAUGAGGAGCUCUACAAGGUGAUUGGCAAGGGCAGCGAGAAGGCCGAGGACAGCUCCAUCGACGAGAAGUACCUGAUUGCCACCUCGGAGCAGCCCAUCGCUGCCCUGCACCGCGACGAGUGGCUGAAACCCGAGCAGCUCCCCCUGAAGUACGCGGGGCUGUCCACGUGCUUCCGGCAGGAGGUGGGGUCCCACGGCAGGGACACGCGGGGGAUCUUCCGUGUCCACCAGUUUGAGAAGAUUGAGCAGUUUGUCUACGCCUCCCCCCAUGACAACAAAUCCUGGGAGAUGUUUGAGGAGAUGAUGGCCACGGCCGAGGAGUUCUACCAGGCUCUGGGCAUCCCCUACCACAUCGUCAACAUCGUCUCAGGCUCCCUCAACCAUGCUGCCAGUAAGAAGCUGGACCUGGAGGCCUGGUUCCCUGGCUCCGGUGCUUUCCGUGAGCUCGUCUCCUGCUCCAACUGCACCGACUACCAAGCCCGGCGCCUGCGCAUCCGCUAUGGCCAGACCAAGAAGAUGAUGGACAAGGUGGAGUUUGUCCACAUGCUCAAUGCCACCAUGUGUGCCACCACGCGCACCAUCUGCGCCAUCCUGGAGAACUACCAAACCGAGGAGGGGGUGCAGGUCCCCGAGAAGCUCCGAGACUUCAUGCCCCCAGACCUACGGGAGCUGAUCCGGUUCGUCCGCCCGGCGCCCAUCGAGCAGGAGCUCUCCAAGAAGCAGAAGAAGCAGCAGGAGGGGGGCAAGAAGAAAACGGGGGGGGGCAACCAGCGGGUGCUGGAGGAGCAGAUGCAGAACAUGGGGGUCAACAGCGCAUGAGUUCUGUCUGUCUGUCUGUCUGUCCUCCCCCCAUCCCCCAGGAUCCUCCUGUCUUCAUCGCUGGGACUGUGCCCAUCAUCAUCGCUUCAGGGCCUGGCUGGGGGGCUCACCCUGGACACCCCCCCCGCCUCCCACCACACCCCAGGACAAAGGACUGAUACUAUAGGGGCUCCACCCCCACCCGUGGACCCCCCACGCUAGGGGUCCUCCCGUGCCCCUUCCCUGGGGAGGGAAAUGUCUCUGCCUCCAUCCAAUAAAGCUGAGAGCUGC